AUGAAGGCAGGACAUAAUUUUCUUGCCUCCUCCGAUGGGCCUGGAGAUCCAAGCCGAACACUGCCUCGACAUACCGUGGCUGCGUUUGCUGCGGGUGACCGGCAAGCAGCAAGCUCGUUUCCGACGGCGAACGACCAUGAAUAUGGAGAAACUUCUUUGAGACAAGCUCAGCAAUAUGCGAAAUCCAUCGUCAAUCAUGCGGAUGUUAUCAUUGAAUAUACAGACGUUGGAUCAUGUGGUUCAGACUCAUCUCAAGCUGAUAAGCAUUGCUGGCAAGUCGCCAGUCAAGACUUAAUACAAAACAGCCCAUACUUUCGUGCUCUACUCGACCCCAACAAGUUCUCUGAGGGCCGGCAAUUCAUGCAGCAAAAGGCUGGCCAUGGUCAAAGAUCGACGCAUGAAGUGAAAGGAGAAGCUCACGAUCAAUCGGAUAACGCCAGUGGAGCUUGCUUACAGCACAAUCUGCCAACAAUUAGCUUAUCCCGUGAUCGUUUUCUAUCGAGACUCGAGGCGGAUGCCAUUGAACUGUUCUUGAGAAUCCUGUCUUACAGGUCUCUUGAAGACGAUGAGAAACAACGGUUUGAUGCAGAGUUGAGAGUUCAACCGACCUCCCUUGUUGCCAGGUUACUUGAAACGGGCGAUGCAUUAAAUUCUCCGCACGUCGUGAAAGAGGCCUUGCAGAGAUCAAAAUAUGCUUACGGGAAGGGCAAGAUUUCCUUGUCAAAAUUUGAUACCUCCUUGCUGAAGAUCAGCGAGGAUCGUAUUCGUCAAAGUAUAUUCAUUGCCAGAUUUUUGGAUGAUCCUCAUGUGUUCCAAGUUUCAACGCAUGCUCUGAUUGUUGUCGGGUCUAGGUAUUGGAUCAACGGCAUUGAGAGUCAUGUUCCCUCUACUCCAUGGGGAUAUCUUCCCGAUGGUAUAGAAGAAGAACUUUACUACAGACGCCAAUGCGUCCUCAACACCAUCACAGACCUACAAGCAUUCUUCCUCCGCGCCUACGGUGCACUAGAAGAACCACACAAACCCAAACCAAGCAAUACAACACCAUCAGCAGCACAAACUACGGUCCAACAACGUCAAUUUCAAUGUCGCUGCGGAUUCGGCAACUCCAAUGCCUGCGACGCCUUCCAUUUAGGCCAGAUGAUGCGCUUCUUCGCACUACGCACAAAGACAAUCUUCAUAGGAUCAAGUCUGCUAGACCCAGACUUCACCGUCGAUCCCGAAAGCGAAGACGGUAAUGGCCAGGACACCCCCGAAUGGCCUCAGCCUCUUUCCACCGCGGCCGGACCGCCAUCUGACAUCACAUCGAUCAUAUCGUCCCUGAAACAGUGUCCAGACUAUCAGCUGGAUGCGAACCAUACCGGCUGCGGCGUUCGUCGCCGCUUCGUGCCCCCUCUCGACUGUAUUGAACGCUUCGUGGGUGACAGUCGAGGCUUACUGGGUGUCGAUAUACGGUCCUGGGACGAGAAAAAGUGGCCACUCGCGUCGGAAUCCUGGGCCAAUCGCGCUCGCCGUAGAGCGUCGGUCGUUGAUGUUCGCUUCUCGAAGAUCAAUGCUGUGCAUGCUACGCCGUCGGGCCUGCUACAGCCGAGAACCCAGGAAGAAAAUGCUCGGUUACUCUUUACCGCGAGGAGAAGAAACUGGGAGGCUUGA